UUUUUUUUAUUUGGCGUUUUCUUUUCAUAUAUAUAUAUGUAUUUUUAUUAGGAAAUAAAAGUCAGUGUAAAAAUUCUGUGUUGUGUAAUAUACUAUUGUUGUUCACAGCGAAGUAGUAUAGCAAAAUAUCUGUGGCCCUUCACGAUGGACUCACCGAGCAGCGAUAGGCGUCCCGGCGACGGCAAUAAUGAUGAAUAUAAAUACGUUAGCGAGGCUAUUCGCGAAAAAACCCGAAUGUGCGAAGCUUUGGAACUUGAAAUCGUGGAAUUACAGAAGGAGUUAGCGGCGCAGCAGAAAAUGCAUGAAAAAGACGGUAAAUCUGAGGUCGCGGAGAGUACCGCGGCAAAGAAUAUAAUCGGAAAGAUCGCUAGUACGCCAGAAGCGAGGGAAUUGAUCCCACCGUGGCUCAUGAAUGUUCUAGAUCUGUAUGCAGAACCUACUUCCAUCGCGAAUAACACGUGAUUGUUAUUCACGUUCGGAUAAAGGCAUGCAAAGCACAGCAUACCUACAUAACCUAUCGAAUGUUCAUCAGCGCACACUAUCCGCGCCCGCAAUCAAGUAGAGUCCGGUUACCGUAAUAUUGGGCGAAACGCACUAAUUAAAGACGAUCAAGAGGCUAUAUAUUUUUAGAUACCUGCCAGCAGUUCACAGCUUCUGUACAAAACCGAUUUAUAGAAAUAGAAGCGUGAUGGCGGCAUGCUACCAUUUUUACCUCCGUGCAUAUACAAAUUAAUUAAAAUCAAUCUGAACAUUAUCCAAUAGUAC